AUGCCGAGGAUUGAUGACUUGUUGGAGAAGAUCGGGUCUGCUGCAUACAUUACGACACUGGACAUGUGCAAGGGAUACUGGCAGCCCGCACUGAAGUCUACAAAACAGCAAAGACUAAGACAGGCUCUUCUGAGAAGAAACUGUGCUGUUGGGAACCAAAGUUUGGACAACUUGAAUGAUUCUGACUUGAAGAACUUUAUUGUGGAUGACAAACACGGCAUCAUCUACUGUUACAUUCCUAAGGUGGCAUGUACCAACUGGAAGAGGAUCUUGAUUGCUUUAAACUACAGUGAACCAUAUCCUGACCCUAUGUCCUUCAAGCAUAACCAGGUUCACCAGUUUGAAAGAUUCCAGCACCUAAAUGACUUUCCAAAGAGGUUUGAUGUAUAUUUAUUUGUAACGCAGGCAAAACUAAAGCACUACACCAAGUUCCUGUUUGUCCGUGAUCCAUUUGUGCGCCUCAUCUCCGCCUACAGGGACAAGAUGCUGAAUUAUGACCAGUAUUUCUAUGAAGGCUAUGUGAGACUUAUCUUGCUACUUUAUAAAAAACAGACUACUGUGACUUAUAAUCAUGAGGUAGCCAGGAAAGAGGGUCUCCAGCCUUCAUUCUAUAACUUCAUUCAGUACAUACUGGACCCACGAACAGAAAAAAAAGAACCAUUUGAGCCCCACUGGAGGCAGAUGCAUCGUCUGUGUCACCCCUGCCUCAUUGAAUAUGACCUUGUUGGCCAUCAAGAAAGUCUUCAAGAAGAUGCUCAGGAGCUGCUGAAGAUAUUAAAGCUAGAAAACGCCAUUAAGUUUCCAUCUUCCUAUGAAAACAUGACCUCUGUUGAUUCUGUUAUGGACUGGUUUCAAAGUGUACCACUGGAAGACAGGAGGAAGCUGUACAGACUAUACGAAAAGGAUUUCAAACUUUUUGGCUACAGAAGGCCAACCGAACUCCUGGAUGACUGAGCUGAUGUAAGCACAUUCAUCUUCGUAAAACCUAUUUAAACGCCCCUGCUCUACCUUUCUACAGUGAAAAACCCCCCAGAAGUACAGAGUUAGUGCACAGCUAGUACACUAAAC